AUGGCGAUCACCUGUGAGAACAGCUGCGGUGAUGAUGACGACGAUGCACUUUACGCCGCCACCGAGAUGCUGGAGGCCAGAACGGGACUAGAUUUUCUAGUUUCCGCGCUCUCCCAUGAAAAAGAGAAGCCAGGUCCGGUCGCCUCAGUAGCAAACACUGGUGAAGCGUCUGGCCUCUGCCGCGGAGACAAUCGUCCCCAGCCCGCGCAUACUGCUAAGCCGGCCGUGCCGUCAGCAGCCGGACCGAGCGUCUGCUUGCCAUCUCGUGCGUCGUCGUCGAAGCCUCCGCCUCGUUACAAGCAGGCCGUGCUCCGUUGGGCCGAUCCUACAGAUCCUGGACGUCCUCUUGCUGAUGCCGGCGAGUCGGUAAACCACGUUACGCCCACGCCAUCUAACUUUAAAAAACCGUCACUAACCACUCUGAUUUACGAAGAGGCCCUUGAAACGUUCAAGUCGACGUGGUCGACCGACUACCCAUGGCUCAUCCUCAUAAAAAACACUGCUGGCAUGCCUGCGUUCAAGUGCAGAUUGUGCAUCGACUUUGCAGGUGACGGUGGCAAGUGUGGCAAGAGUGGGCACGGUGCAACCGAUCUUCAGACCCAAGCCUUCAAGCGGCAUGCCGCGACGAACAAGCACCAGUUGGCCAUCAAUCACCAGAAGCAGAUGCUAGCUCAGGCUGGGAAGCAGCCGCGAAUUGACGAGCAUACGCUCGCCAAAGAUGACGAGACGACCCGCGUCAUCAGCCUUCUGAACUCCCUUCACUUCACCACCCAGAACCAUCUGCCGAUGGAGACGUGGGUGCGCCUCGUUCGCUACAUGGCUCAGAACGAGUGCACGGCGAUGGCGGAGGCGCUCGUGCAUAACCUGGAUGAGCGAUUGGGUUCACUCGACAAGCUGAGCGGUGUGAAGCUGUUCAUGCCCGACGAGUGGCCCCAUGGACGGCAGGAGCGUUCCAUGCCCGACUGGGCGGAGGUGGUGAAGAUCUGGAGGGCGUACAAGAAGCGCAAGCCCAUCACAACAGUGGCAGCACCAAAGAAGCAACCUAGUGCUAAGGGGAAAGAGAAGGUGGACGAGGAUGAUGCUGGUGGUGCUGGCUCUGGGUGGGGGACAGAGACCCCCGUGCACAGGCACGGUUCUAUGAGCGAUGGUGGUGGUAGUGACGAAGAUGAAGACAUGUGUGUGAUGUGA